CCUGUGUUUAAGGACUAAUCACUUCGCCCAGAGAUUCUAAAGCCCGCUUACCAAACUGGCUGCAGCUGGCCAAGGAGGCCCUGAUUAAGGAGGAGGGGACAGUGCUCACAAGUCUAGGCAGUGUCCACAAAAUAUGAGGAGCCACCGCUCUGUGCUGCUGCUGUACCUGGGAUUGACCACCUGCCUGGACACCUCACCUAGUGGGGAGCAAGACCAAGAAGUCUUCCUGGACUCCCCAGAGGCCCAGAGCCUCCUGGGCGGCCAUAGGCGGAUUCCACGAGCCAAUCACUGGGACCUGGAGCUGUUCACGCCAGGGAACCUGGAACGGGAGUGUCAAGAGGAGAGGUGUUCCUGGGAAGAGGCGCGGGAGUACUUUGAGGACAAUACUCUGACGGAGCGCUUUUGGGAGAACUACAUCUACAAUGGCAAAGGAG